CAUAUCAUCAAUGCCACCAUAAACCCAAACUUUCCUUCCAAAUUUCCUCACUUUCUCUAUCAAUUUUCUCAAGGAAAAAAAAAAAGGAGAACAACAAUGAAGAAACCCCAUUUUCUGGGAUGUCUUGCUUUUCAGUUUCUUGCAGCCAUUUACUUUUUCACUUCACAAGUCUCUUCUCAAUUCAGCCCUGACUCACCAGCCAUGGAAAAGCUAAAAACAAGCGUAAAAAUCCCAUCUUCACUCGACUGGUCUGACCCUGACCCUUGUCAAUGGGCUAAAGUGGACUGUCAAGAGAAUAGAAUCACCAGAAUCCAAAUACCAAGCAAAAACAUUGGUGGAACACUUCCACCCGAGCUCAAGAACUUGACUCAGCUCACCAUCUUUGAAGUAAUGAACAACAAAAUCAAUGGCCCAAUCCCGAGUCUUGCUGGUUUAACUCAGCUGCAAGAAGCUAACUUCCACAACAACAACUUUUCAUCUUUCCCGCCAGAUUUCUUCACUGGUUUAACUUCACUGACUGCCAUUCACCUUGACAACAACCCUUUAGAGCCAUGGGAGAUCCCGAAGAGCUUAAAGGAAGCAACUUAUCUGAAAACUUUCUCGGCCAACAAUGCUAACAUCAAAGGCAAAAUCCCGGGUUUUUUUGACCCGGAAACUUUCCCAUCUUUGACAGAACUUCAUUUGGCUUCAAACAAUCUUGAAGGAGAAUUGCCUGUUGAGUUCUCUGGUUCAAUGAUUCAGUCCUUGUGGGUUAACGGGCAGAGUCUGAAUGGCACAAUCCAAGUGAUUCGAAACAUGUCUUCUUUGACUGAGGUAUGGCUUCAUGAGAGCAAGUUUUCAGGUCCUUUACCUGAUUUUUCAAUGUUAACUCAGUUGAGGAACUUGAGUUUAAGAGAUAAUCACUUCACUGGUAUUGUCCCUUUGUCUUUGGUUAACUUGAAGUCACUUUAUAUUGUGAACUUGACUAAUAAUGAACUUCAAGGUCCGACCCCUCGAUUUGCUGAUCAUGUGAUUGCUGAUAUGAAUGCCGGUAGUAAUAGAUUUUGCUUAGAUAAUCCCGGUGUUGCUUGCGACGGUCGCAUUAAUAUAUUGUUAUCUAUAUCAGAAUCUGUUGGCUAUCCGGAUAGUUUUUCUGUUGAAUGGAAAGGUAAUGAUCCUUGUGACGAUUGGCUCGGUAUCGUAUGUGAUCGAGGAGAGAUUAUUUCCGUUCUUUUCGCAAAGAAGGGGCUUACCGGUUCAAUUUCAAGCAACUUUUCGAUGCUUACAUCGUUGAGAACGUUGGAUCUUUCGGAUAACAAUCUUACCGGGCUCAUACCAGCAGAGCUCACUACAUUGCCUAAGCUUGCUCGAUUAGAUGUUUCGAACAAUAGGCUUUAUGGAAAGAUACCGUCUUUUAGGCAUGAUGUUGAUGUAAUUACUGCUGGAAACAGAGAAAUUGGAAAAGAGACGGUUCCUAGUACAUCUGGAGGCAGAUCUCCUGGUGGUGACAAUGCUGCUAAUCCUUCUGGAAAUGGUGAAAAGAAAUCUAAUAAAGGCACAGUUUUGGGUUGUACCAUUGGUGUUGUUGGUGGCUUGAGUCUUCUUGUUUCGGUCAUCUGUUUGUGUGCCGGAAAACAAAAGCGUACUAGUAAGAUACAGAGUCCGUCUACUUCGCUUGUACAUCAUCAUCAUUCCGGUGACCAAGGAGUCAAGAUAACCGUUUCUGGACCGUGCAUUACUGGUCAAAGUGAAACCUUCCGCAACAUGAACAGUGGACCUACUGCUGUUCACAUGGUUGAGUCCAGUUGCAUGGCUAUCUCAAUUCAAGUUUUGAGGAAUGUCACAGAUAAUUUCAGUGAGCAAAAUAUAUUGGGAAAAGGUGGUUUUGGGACAGUUUACAAAGGGGAAUUGCACGAUGGGACGAAGAUUGCAGUGAAAAGGAUGGAAUCUGGUGCCGUGAGUGCAAAAGGUUUGGCCGAGUUUAAGUCGGAGAUUGCGGUUUUUACUAAGGUUCGUCACCGCCAUUUGGUUGCAAAUCUUGGAUAUUGCUUGGAUGGAAACGAGAGGCUUCUUGUUUAUGAAUACAUGCCUCAGGGGACCCUCAGCAGGCACCUAUUCAACUGGAAGGAAGAAGGGUUGAAACCACUCGACUGGACGAGGCGACUUACAAUUGCCUUAGACGUGGCUCGAGGUGUUGAGUAUCUACAUGGACUGGCGCAGCAGAGUUUCAUUCAUCGAGAUCUUAAGCCAUCGAAUAUUCUUCUCGGAGAUGAUAUGCGUGCUAAAGUUGCAGAUUUUGGCUUGGUUCGACUAGCUCCAGCGGAUGGUAAACAUUCAGUCGAAACAAAACUUGCAGGAACAUUUGGGUAUAUGGCACCAGAGUAUGCAGUUACCGGCCGAGUGACCACAAAGGUGGAUGUAUUUAGCUUUGGUGUAAUCCUCAUGGAGUUGAUCUCAGGCCGUAAGGCACUCGACGAAACACAGUCCGAAGAGAGCCUGCACCUCGUGACAUGGUUCCGAAGGAUGUACGUAAAUAAGGACACAUUCCUUAAGGUCAUUGACAAAACCAUUCAUCUCGAUGAAGAAAAACUUGCCAGUAUUAGAACAGUGUCGGAACUGGCUUGCCACUGCUGUGCAAGGGAGCCCAACCGGAGGCCAGAUAUGAACCAUGUGGUCAAUCUGUUGUCAUCACUGGUCGAGCUCUGGAAACCAGAACAACCUGAUUCCGGUGACAUAUAUGGCAUUGACCUCGAAUUGACUCUACCACAAGCACUCAAAAAAUGGCAAGCAUUAGAGAACAGCAAUUUGAAUGAUUCUUCAUCAUUUCUGGCCAGUACAGACACUACACAGACCAGUAUACCUCGCCUCCCAUCUGGGUUUGCAGAUUCGUUUAGAUCAGCUGAUGCUCGAUGAAAACAAUGAAAAGUAAAACACAGGUUCUGGCUUUGAUUGUUUGUUCUAAGAUGUUUGGUCUGUUCAUUUCUCACUGUAAGAUUUGCUCUUCUGCUAUAUUUUAGCCAGAGCAGAUUGUUUCUCCCAUUAUUUAUCUCUGUAAUCUGAAACAGU